AUGACAAGCUACGAGACCGAACAUGCUACCGAUGCGAAAGACCAUGGCCAGGAAGCACCUCGUCGGCCAGACCUGUCCUCGUUUUUCAGCCUCAUGUCAGAGAUCACACCCGAUAGUCCAGAAGAGCGUACUCGCGAAGGAGCCGUGCCUGUGCCAGGCGAUGUGUCUGCAGCAUUCCGAUCACUGGCGGACGCUUUCCGGGUGAUGCAGCGGGACAAUGAUAAUGCAGACACUGAUUUGAUGGAUGAGAUGAUCGAGACGCUCAUGGCCUCGGCCGAGCGACCGCCUACGGAAGUCAAAGGCGUCGAUGAAGAAUACAUCGCGGCUUUAGAAAGAGUCAACAUCAAGAAAGUCAAGAAAGACGCAGACUGUCCCAUCUGCGGCAAUGCUUUCGUCGAGGACCCUCACCCGUUACUGGUGCGGCUACCAUGUCAUCCAAGCCACAUCUUCGAUCUCGAGUGUGUGCGCCCAUGGCUGUUGCUCAAUGGCACAUGUCCACUCGAUCGAGUGGAUCUCGCUAAGCGUGUCCGGGAACGCAAGCAGAAACAGCUGGAAGAAAUCAGGAAGAAAGCCGCCCCUGAAGAUGAUGAAGAGGAAUGGGACGGGCUCUACGGAUAA